AUGUAUGAGCCCUUGUUCACUUUCAUGACGGCUGAAUACCCACACAAUCCUCCGCCCAGCGAAUCCAAAAUGCCAGCUUCUUGCUAUGGGGACACUACGCCAUUUGAACUUAGUGUUCUUGCGUUUGCCGUUUCCCAGCCAGCUGACAGCUGGCCCAUUCGGGAUGAAUGGAUGGUGCACGCUCGAGACAUCUACGCGAAUGGAUAUGAAAUUCAUAGAGAGGCGGUGGAAAUUAGAAUGGUGGCUACACACCCUGUGCCCGGCGGCAAUUUUGGGUAUGGCUCAGUGAUUCCGAACAAGGGGUUUGGCAGGGUGACCAUGCUUCUCUUCGGCAUCUUGUAUACGUACCAAGAGCUUUGGGCAAAAAUGAGCCAAGAGGAGCAAAACGAUUUCCGCAGGUGGAUCAGAACGGCCAGCACCGUCUUUGCAGUCUACGUUCACCAAGACCGGGAAGAACACUUUCUGUUUAGACGAGUGCAACUUUCCCAGCAACAAGCGCAGCGCCAACAGAAGAACAUGUUGCAGACAACGAUGGUGUUUGAUUCCCGGGCCAAGUCGCUGCAGGCUGCCUUUUUGAAAGCAAUUGAGGAGUACAACAUGUUUGGCAGCGCUGCCAGCAACCUCAAGCUUCAAGUGGACCAAGCCUCUGCUUUGCGCAUGUAUGGUCUGAAGGUCGGAUUGUCCGCGAAAGUGUGGGCUGCAGUGGAGCGCCAUUUCCACAUGUUCCGGGUCGAGCGGUCAGGCUCACAGGUCUUUGACGAAAAAGCCAUCGAGUUGGCGCGCACGAGGUUCCUUGAGGGGGACUACAUAGACGACUUGUCCACCCACCUGACCGCGAGUGACACGGGCUUCCGACCCAAUGCCACGUCCAUGUGGAUGGAAAGCCUCCCACAGCAAAGCGACAAGGCUGCUGUGGAUUCAGCGCUGACUGCCGCGGAGGACAAAAUCGCUGAGUUCGACACAAACCGGUCGAGUGCAGCGUGGCAAUCAGACACAUUGAAGCUCUGCCGUGAUGCCAGCAUGUGCGCGAAGUUGCUUCAAUCGGCAGAGUCGUCUGAGCGGAACCAACGGCUGGCAAAGCUCACGCACCUCAAGGAGCAGAAUCAGAUUGGCGCUCAGGUGAUUUUUGCGUAUUCCCAGGAGCACUGCCGGCACAUUGCCUUGUGCACCCCUGACGCCGACGUGCAGCUGAACGAGUUCCUGACCAACCUCUUCGGCGUGAAUGGUGCGGUCAUCAUUUGGUGCGACUUCAUGAAACUUGGGCGUGUCAAUGGAAAGGAGCUUGAUGACUAUUCAACCCGUCUCAAAAAGGCUCUUGGCCGAAAGCCGGCUCACACGGUCGGGCUUGUGAUUUGCCCGCACCUGAUCAGUGAGAAGGUCAAGUCCUUGAGAGGAGAAAUGAGGAGGAUUGAGGACAAGUUUGAUGCGAAGGGAUUGGACUCUUUCUACAUCAGCCUGCGAUGCGAACCGCCUCCCUUGCAGAAAAGGGUGUCGCUGUCGGAAGCGCAGGAGUCCGCUCAGCUCCUGGCAGGCCAAGAGAUGCCGCGAUUCAUUCUGGAGGCCCUGCUCCAUGAGUUGCCGAUAUCCAGCAAAGUCUGUGGGGUGGUCAAUUUCACUCCCUAUGACGGACAUUUGGAGCAUGUGUGUGCUCAUUGGAGGGCUGACCAUGGAACGGGAAGUUUCCUCCUCAAGUCCUUUUCCAUCAGCCCCAAUGUGGAUGCCGUGACGUUCUCAGAACGUGUGUUGCUCAACGAGUUGCUGAAGGACUGCGAGGGUCAAACACUGCUUUCUAGGAACAUACUUGACGAUUUUUCUCCCACAGUUCAGUUCAAGCUUCAGUGA